GCGAGGCGGGCGGCGAGGGAGAAAGGGCGAAUCCCAGGGCGCUGCGACUUAAGGGUAAAGGCCACGGCCUCCACUCCCUGCGCGUUUGGGUCCUGCCUCAGCCCCGCCUCGGAACCCGCCCGUCGCCUCCUGUGGAAGGUCUGGGCUGCAGAACGACCCGCUCUAACCUUCUUAACCGACCCACAUGAGGGGAUGGGGCGAUGAGGCCUUUCUGAGGAGGCGGUUGCCCCGGGCUGAGGCCCGCACAGGGAAAAAGAGAAUUGUCGCGUACCACUUAGGCGGCUAGAGCCUGGCCGAUUGUACUCCAGAAUUCUCGGGCUCCUCCCUAGGUGGUUCUGAUGUAUGAAGUGGGUGGGCGCUGCUGGGGCAGUUGUUUCUCAGAUCGGGGGGUGGGAACCUGUGUUCCGCAUCACCUGAGGGGGAGGGCACGUUAACGGGACGGACAUUCAGACCCACCCGCUGCCCUGCCGGUGAAUCGCCCGUGGUGGAGCCGGCCUCGGGUCGCUAACGAGCGGCCACGUCCCUGCAGGAGUUGGAGAACCCUGGUCUAGGAGGGAAGGGCCCGAGGGACCACCUGUGCUCUUCAAAAGGAGUUCCUCCAGCUCUUUAGAUGAAAUAUAGGUAAAAGAAUGCAGACAAGCAUGGAAAGUGAGGACACAAAGAAAAUACAAGCCUCUCCCGCUGCGGAGCACAGGCUCCGGACGCUCAGGCCCAGCGGCCACGGCCCACGGGCCCAGGUGCUCCGCGGCACGCGGGAUCCUCCUGGACCGGGGCACAAACCCACGUCCCCCGCAUCGGCAGACGGACCCCCAACCACUGUGCCACCAGGGAAGCCCGAAUGAAGACUGACCUGAACUUAUUAUUGGAGUGUCUGAAGUAUCAAAUGGACAAUGCUUUUUCGCAAAAGGAAGCUCUGGUCACUAUUCAUUCAAUUUGCCAACAAAACAGUAAUGCAGGUCUUUAUUUUCGGGAAAUUGGUGGUUUGAUGUUUGUAAAAGAUCUUGCAAAGUCAAGUGAACAUAGUAUGGUAAAAGAAGCAGCAUUAUAUACAUUAGGAGCUGUUGCAGAACAAAAUGUUUACUGUCAGCAGACUUUGUGCACUUCAGAAUUGUUUGAAGACUUAACUUGGUUCUUAUCUAACAAUGAUUCAAACACAAAUUUGAAAAGAAUGUCUGUCUAUGUUAUUUUGGUUCUAGUUUCAAAUAAUAGGACUGGACAGACGCUUGUGAGAGAAACAGGUUGUAUUUCAGUUCUAUCACAGUUGUUCAAGACAGUCCUUUCAAAAUAUGAGUUGAAUUUGUCAGAUGAAAAUGUUUUCCAGAGUUAUCAGUUGUGGUCUUCAGUGUGUAGUACUCUGUGUGUCUGUGUCAACAAUCCUCAAAAUGAUGAAAAUCAAAUGCUUUGCUCUUCACUUUUUCCACAUGCUAAUGACUGGCUAAUAAAUUGCACGAAACCUGAGAUAAUUCGCCCUAUUUGCUCAUUUAUUGGACUCACUCUUGCAAAUAACACAUACGUGCAGAAAUACUUUAUAUCUGUGGGUGGACUGGAUAUAUUGUCUCAAGUUCUUGUGCAGUUGGAAUCUGAUUCACACAAGACUCUUUCCAGUGCUAAGCUUGCAGUGGUGGUGACAAAGACAGUGGAUGCAUGUAUUGCUGAUAAUCCUACUUUUGGGGUAGUACUAUCCAAGUACCACAUUGUUUCAAAACUUCUAGCAUUACUGCUUCAUGAAAGUCUGGAUUCAGGAGAAAAAUUUAGUAUCAUACUUACUGUUGGUCAUUGUACAGAGGAUUGUGAGGAAAAUCAGUAUGACCUUUUUAAAAGCAAUGGGCUUCCACUCAUGAUACAAGUCUUAACUGAAUCUCAGGACGAGGAACUAAACAAAGCUGCCACUUUUGUGCUUCACAACUGCAAAAAAAUUACUGAGACGUUAUCUCUAAGUCUAGGAGAAUAUUCUUUUGAUGAAAAUGAAGAACAAUUAAAGGACAUAAAUAUGAAAGAGAAGAAUCUUGAAGAUUACUGGAAGAAAGCGAAGGAAAUUCUACACAGAAUAGAACAGCUUGAAAGAGAAGGAAAUGAGGAAAGAGUACAAAGAGAAAAAUGUAAGGAUUAUGUUUCAUCUAUGAACAUAAAUAUUCAAAAUACAUUGAAACACCUCCAUGCAGAUAGCAGUGGUGGAGGUUCCAAAGCAGAAGAUAGGGAUAAAAGCCAGUCUAGAAAGCUUCAGAGUUAUAAGUCCCAUGAAGUCAUGUCCAAAGCAUGUACAAAUGAUGAUCAAAUGAAGACCCUGUUAAAGAGUGCAAAUCCAGUUAAUGCUUGUUAUAGGGAGAGUGAGCAAAAUAAGACUUUAUGUAAAGCCAAUUCAAGCUGCAAUCAAAACUUACGUGAAGAAACAACCUUUGAAAAAAAGAAUUUUGUUUCUCAAUCAAGCGACCAUAUUUUUAAACAUCCAACUCCUAUUGGCAAAAACACAAAGCAACAGUUACCAGUAACAGAUCCAUUGACAUUAUGUUCAGAUAUAAUAAAUAAAGAAGUCAUUGGUUUUCUAGCAACAGACAGUUGUUCCAAAAUAUUGAAGUAUAGAUGCUCAGGUUGCAUAGCAGUAGGAAAAUCCCUGAAUAGCCGAACCUUUAGCAAGCUCUUACACUCUUGCCCAUACCAAUGUGAUCGUCACAAAGUCAUUGUGGAAGCUGAAGACAGAUAUAAAAAUGGACUAAGGAAAUCACUUAUCUGUAACAAAAAAAUUCUGCUGACCCCACGUAGAAGAGGAAAACUCAAUAAUGAAUCUACUACCCCUGGAGGAAUAAUACACGGGCCUCUCACUGUUGUGGCCUCUCCCGUUGUGGAGCACAGGUGCUCCGUACGCGCAGGCUCAGUGGCCAUGGCUCAUGGGCCCAGCCGCUCCGCGACACGUGGGAUUUUCCCAGACCGGGGCACAAACCCAUGUCCCCUGCAUCGGCAGGCGACUGUCAACCACUGCGCCACCAGGGAAGCCCAAUAAUAGAAUUUCUUGAGCAGCAUGUCUUAAAAGCAAAUAUAUAACAACUAAAAGUAUUCUAUAAUCAUUUUUCAUAGUAAAAUCAUUUGCAGAGCGUCAUGAAAUAUACAUAAUUAUGGUUAUAUAUUGAUUAUACAGAGGGAUCCUAAAUAUUUUUAAGUCACUUUCAGCUCGUAAAUACCUACAUCUUUUUUGUAGUUUCGAGUUGCUUAGCUAAAAUCCAAUAGUUAAUAAGUUGGCCUGCUUUUUUCAAAUUUAGAAAGGCAUCUUGAGGAGGUAGUGAUUAGAUUGGUCUUAUAUCUCUUUUACAAGCAGGCCAGGAAUAUUUGAUGUACUGCCAUUUUUCCCCCUCUUAAUAAAUUUCCCUUUCAUACUAGAGACAUUCAUCACCCUUCAUUUGGUUAUAGGUUACACUCAAAUUUGAGACUCUUCUUUUGAGAAGGGACCAUUUGCAGUAUCUAAGUAUUUAAAGAGCCUUGGGGGCAAGGCUCUCUUUUAGGAUGGAUUGAUAUCUUGAGAGGGUUUGAAAAACAAGAGUCUCUAGGACUGAGCCCUCUUGCCUAUUUUUCCCUGCUUUUUUCUAAUGCCCAGUCAGUAUUAGGAGGAGCACUAAAGAAGUCACAGAAGAGAGUCUUGUGGUGUAGAGAGCUGUUUCCUUCUUCUAGUCUGUCAACUAUGCUGCUGUGGUAACCAUUGAGGUAUUUGGCACAGAUGCUAAUUUAAGCGUAGAAGUCAGUGAGAUGGCAACUGCAGGGGAAAAGUGGGGAUUGGCUCUACAUGAACACCCCCAGGACCCAAUAUCUUGAAUGUUAUAAUAACCCAUCUGGUCCUGAUUAUAAUGAGUUCAAAUCAUUUAGCAAGUGAAGUUGAAAUCAUGUUUCUCGGAUAACCACAGUUUUCCAGUAGACCCAAGUAAGAAUUAACUUCAUUGAUAAGUUUUAAAAGUUUUUACUGGUAGUAACAUUUUUCCAUCAACAAAUAUUUAUUGAUCACCUACUAUGUGUCAGACACUGUCUUAGGCACUGGGGACACAUGGGGAGUAAAACAGACAAAAAUCCCAGUCUUCAUGGAGCCUGCAUUCUAAGGAAUACCAUUAAGUAAUAUUUAGACAUUAUUUUCAUUGAUUUCUUGGCCUUCUGCUGGUAAGAUUUUUCCCUCCUGCUUUAAAAGAUCUGAACUAUGGCUCCUAUCUGAGGAGAGAUGGACUAACAGUCAUGACAUGCAAAGGCAAGAUUUUCGAAGGAUGUCCCAGCAUAGCUAUUCAAGAUCCUACUAAAGUAAAUAGCAGACUUAAUUGGAAAUACAAAAACUCUUCCUCAUCUGCAUCUACCCACAAUGAUAAUGUGCAUUAACAGUGAAUUAAAAAGCUUAAGGGACUUCCGCGGUGGUCCGGUGGUUAAGAAUCCACCUUCCAACGCAGGGGACGCGGAUUCUAUUCUAUGAAGUUAUGGAGCCCUUUGGGAAGACUGUAUCUGUAAGAUAGGUAAGCUGUUUGUUAACUGUCCUCACAGGAAUGUUGAGAGAAUUAACAAUCAAAUGUUUAUAAAAUUUUGUGUUUCUUGAUUGAAGGAUUUUGAGAAUAUUAUCGCAAUAGGAUUGUUGCAAUUAUUGAAGAGAUCACAGUGAUAGCAUCUAGUUUAAUAGUAAGCACUCAGUUUUGUUUUGUUUUAAUUGAAGUGGAUUUCUAAAUGAUGAGUAGUCCAGGCAUGAAUUUUUCUCACUGUGUAAUCCAUAUCCUUAGAAUAAGUUAAGCAUUUAUUUGGGUCUCAAGAACUCUUUUUUCAGCAAGUACUAAUGUAUUCUACAAUUCUCAUUAAUUGCAGAAAAAAGAAGAAUUCGUAAAAACUUUACUGAAGAAGAAGUAAAUUACCUUUUCAGUGGAGUUAAGAAAAUGGGAAAUCACUGGAAUUUAAUUUUGUGGUCUUUCCCCUUUCAGCAAGGACGGAAGGCUGUGGACCUUGCUCACA